CCCGGUAAUUGAAGACGGGGAACACUGGAUGGGUGAGCGGGGGAAGAUCGCCCUGAGAAAAAUCGGAACGCCGAGCCCUGGUUCCACGGAAUAAAUCCUCCAAUCGAACAGAACAGGGAUGGAAUAUCCUUGUCACCCCUGUGUGUCACUCACAUGAUGCUGUGAUAAUAUUCCCUUUGCCUUAUAUAACGGACAACGGGAGGCUGGCUGACUGCACUCUUAACACUUGGCACUGACAGAACCCAUCUCCCUCCUCUCUCCCGAGACAACAUUCCCACGACCACGCACAGGAGAAUCCGGGAAUCUGUCAGCAAAAUGAGCUGCCCGCUAAACGGUGUCAAUAGCAGCCUCCUGGAUGCCGAGGGGAGUUUCAUGUUCACCUCGGAGUCUGUGGGAGAGGGACAUCCUGAUAAGAUCUGUGAUCAGAUCAGCGAUGCCGUUCUUGACGCACAUCUCCGUCAGGACCCUGACGCCAAAGUAGCGUGUGAAACAGUCUGCAAGACGGGGAUGGUGUUGUUAUGUGGAGAGAUCACCUCUCGAGCAGUUGUUGAUUAUCAGAAGGUGGUGAGAGACACCAUCAAUUUUAUAGGAUAUGAUGAUUCCGCUAAAGGCUUUGACUUCAAGACCUGCAAUGUGCUGGUGGCUUUGGAGCAGCAAUCACCGGACAUCGCACAGGGAGUCCACCUGGACCGCGACGAGGAGGACAUCGGAGCUGGAGAUCAGGGCCUGAUGUUCGGUUACGCCACCAACGAGACGGAGGAAUGCAUGCCUCUGACCAUCAUCCUCGCACACAGACUUAACGGCAAAAUGGCAGAGCUCAGACGUAAUGGAUCUCUACCCUGGCUGAGACCCGACUCCAAGACUCAGGUGACAGUGCAGUAUGUCCAGAAGAACAACUCUGUGAUUCCCACCCGCGUUCACACCGUGGUCAUCUCGGUGCAGCACGACGAGGACAUCUCAGUAGAGGACAUGCGGGUGGCUCUGAAGGAGAAGGUGAUCAAAGCAGUGGUGCCCGCAAAGUACCUGGAUGACAAGACAAUCUAUCACCUCCAGCCCAGCGGCCGCUUUGUGAUCGGAGGUCCUCAGGGAGAUGCUGGGGUGACAGGACGGAAGAUCAUCGUGGACACUUAUGGUGGUUGGGGCGCCCAUGGUGGUGGGGCCUUCUCAGGGAAGGAUUACACCAAGGUGGAUCGUUCCGCAGCCUACGCCGCUCGCUGGGUGGCCAAGUCACUGGUCAAAGCUGGUCUGUGCCAACGCGUGCUGGUGCAGGUUGCAUACGCCAUCGGUGUGGCCCACCCUUUGUCCAUCUCCAUCUUUUCCUAUGGGACCUCACAAAGGAGCGACAAUGAGUUGAUGGAAAUUGUGAGGGAGAACUUUGACCUUCGACCUGGGGUCAUCGUCAGGGACUUGAACCUGAAGAGAGCCAUCUAUCAAAAGACCGCUUGUUACGGACACUUUGGCAGGAACGAGUUCCCCUGGGAAGUGGCCAAGAAACUGGUCUACUAAUCUGAUCCCACCCCUGGUUACCAGACUGGUCACCAUCUCCAGAUCCAAAUUCCACUUUGACUUGCCCACAGCAACGAUCAAUUGAUCUAGAUUCAGUGUUUCUCUAAUUCGGCCAAUGAUUUAGUGUGGCGAAAACAAGCCCCCAACUCGCAUCCUCCAACCCCCCUCCCCGGCUCAGGGUGAGGGAUGGGAUGGGAGGGAGGGAGGGAGGGAUUGUGUGUGUGUGUGUGUGUGUGUAUGGAAGGAACGCAGAGCAGUGCAUGUUUGUCAUUGUAGUUCGAACACUAUUGGGCCCCAUUGCUGAGGAGGGGCAACCGGGCUACAGCUCCCAAGGAGCUUCCCAAGGGAGGGAGGGUGGGCAUUCAGACAUACAGGCACUCUCCCCU